AUGCGAGUAUACCACUACGUGAAUAAUAGUUUCAAGGUGUCCAAACUAUUACGGCCCGUGAUGCUUAACAUGGCGAUGACAUUGUCGGCAUGGAUUUAUGUGUACGAAAUGAAGACUGACGAACGCCUCUCAGCGAUGUUUCUUAUGAGUGGAAAUAGUACUACUGGAAAUCAGUACCAUGAUGGAAUUAUAAAUGCCUUUAGUGCUAUGGUUGUACUGGCCGUUGUAUCGUUUUCCAUGCUACUUCUUGCACUUUGGGAUUGUCGACGACUUGUGCAACUCUGGUUGCACAUGUCUUGUUUGCUGAUUUUGUUUGCAGUAUCGGGUGGAUUUUUCUACGACUUGCUGAAGAGUUUGGAAGUAGAUGAAGACAAGAUCAUCUACGAAUACUUGCCGGGGCUAGUUACCGCUUACGGUGGAUUUGGAUGUAUUGCAUUUUUCUAUCCUGGCGCUCCGCUCCUACUUCAUCAGUUUUUCGUUCUGUCAAAUUGCAGUCUAGUCUCCUUGUUCUAUCUUCGUUCAUUCCCUGGCUAUACAGCAUGGUUUGUGUUGUGGUGUGUAGCGCUGUGGGACAUAUUCGCAGUUCUGGCCCCGAUUGGACCCCUUCGGAAAGUUCAAGAAAAGGCCGGUGAUUACAGCCACGAUGUGCUGCGGUUCCUCAUGUUCACAGCAGACGCGAAGCCCGCACCCUUGAACACAAGGCAUCCAGAGCUGGAAGAAGAGAGUUCCUCCGAAAGUGAGAGCGAUGAAGAGGAGUUCGCUGAUAGUGGACACCAAAGCACAACGGGAUCAUCUUUUACAGUUACAUCGGAUGAGAGCGAGGGCGAAGCUGAUGCACCGCCGGAGCAACCGCUUCUGAGAAGACGUGUACGACAGGCGGCUGGAGCGGACACCGUGGAAAUGUUCGAAGAUGCGCUGAGUGAGGAGAAGAAAUUGAAGGAAGAACAAAGGAAAGCGGAAAGGAUGAAGAAGGAGAAAAACAGCGACCUCAGUUCCGACGAUGAUGAGAUUGCCGUCGAACUGGAAGAGGAAUUAAGUGCUCAUACCCCAGAUACCACCAGUGAUUACCUGAAGAACACUCCAUGGGAAAAGGAAUAUCCAAUCGAUGACAAAGAAGCUCUGAGUAUGGUACGAGUUUUGAGAUUUUCGGGCCAAGGGCUGAAGCAAGCGGUGUGGUCCGAAGUGGGAAUUUGGGGUUUGUAA